AACAUGGUGCUUGGAACCAUCAGUCCUAUGGGAUCAAGCAACUAAGUUCUUUAAGAACUUAUAUGCUGGGAAUUCAGGUCCAGUGGGUGAGUACGUUAUUAAAGGGGAGUUCCCAAGACUAAAACCAAGACAAAUGGCAAGGAUGGAAAGGCCAGUGGAAGAAGAGGAGAUACGCAAACCG